GUAUCUCCGACUUUUCUUAAUGGGAAGCGAAGCCAUGCUCGCCUGACCUUUUUCUUUUCUUCAUUAGAGCGGCAUUUCGUGAUUGUCAUGAUGAGCACGUUUGCAACAACAGUGACAGAAAUAAAAGAAGGUUAAUUAGACUAUUGUUGAACGGAAGAACACUGUUAGUAUGCAUAGAUACAACCCGUACACAAGAAUAUAAAGAAAUCUAGUAGCUCUUCAUCAUCCUACCUUCAUAACCAUAACCAUCUUUCUUUGCUUCUGCUUGUUUCAGAUCGCAAAUUGUAUCUCUGUCUUUCAUAAUGGCUUCUAACUUUGAUACCCUUCAAUUGCACGCUGGUCAAGAACCUGAUCCAGGAAGCAAUGCUCGUGCCGUUCCAAUCGUCGCUUCAACUUCUUUCGUUUUCAACAACAGUGAACAUGGUGCUAACCUUUUCGGUCUUAAGGAAUUUGGUAACAUCUACUCACGUUUGAUGAACCCAACCAACGAUGUCUUUGAAAAGCGUGUUGCUGCUUUGGAAGGUGGUGUUGCAGCUGUUGCAGCAAGUUCAGGUCAAUCCGCUCAAGCCUUGGCUUUAUUGUCUUUGGCAGCCGCUGGUGAUAACAUCGUUUCCACAUCAUACCUUUACGGUGGUACUUACAAUCAAUUGAAGGUUCUUUUCCCACGCUUCGGUAUCACCACAAAAUUCGUCAAAGGUGACAAGCCUCAAGACUUUGCACAAGCAAUCGAUUCUCGCACAAAGGCUAUUUACAUCGAAAGUAUUGGAAAUCCACGAUACAACGUCCCAGACUUUGAAGCAAUCGCUAAAGUUGCUCAUGAUAACGGAAUUCCCCUUGUAGUUGAUAACACUUUCGGUGCAGGUGGUUAUCUCAUUCGUCCAAUUGACCACGGAGCAGAUAUUGUGGUCCAUAGUGCAACCAAAUGGAUUGGUGGUCAUGGUACCACAAUCGCAGGUGUCGUUGUCGAUGCCGGUAAAUUCGAUUGGAAGGCAAGCGGAAAGUUCCCACAAUUCACCGAACCAUCUGAAGGAUAUCACGGUUUGAAAUUCUGGGACACAUUCAAGAACAUCACAUUCGCCAUUUACGUUCGUGUUGUUCUUUUGCGUGAUUUGGGACCAGCAUUGAACCCAUUCGGUUCAUUCUUGUUGCUUCAAGGUUUGGAAACUUUGAGCUUGCGUGUUCAACGUCAUGUCGAUAACGCUUUGGCAGUCGCUAAGCACCUUGAAGCACAUCCUCGUGUUUCAUGGGUCAGUUACCCCGGUUUGGAAUCUCAUCCAAGUCAUGCUUUGGCAAAGAAGUACCUCAAGAACGGAUUUGGUGGUGUUUUGAGCUUUGGUAUCAAGGGAGACGCAAAGGCUGGAUCUGCAUUUGUUGAUUCGUUGAAAUUGGCAUCCAAUCUGGCAAAUGUCGGUGACGCAAAAACACUUGUUAUCCACCCUGCUUCCACAACACAUCAACAAUUGAGUGAUGAAGAACAAUUGGCAAGCGGUGUCACCAAGGAUUUGAUCCGUUUGAGCGUGGGAAUUGAAUUUGUUGAUGAUAUCAUUGCAGACUUGGAACAAGCCUUCAAGGCAACCUCUGGUGUUUCUGGUCAGAUUCCUGGAGGAGAAAAGGGCCCUGCCGGUGCAGCAUCAUUGGCUGGUGCAGCAUAAAAAGGAUGUCAAUCCACAAUCUUAAUUUUAUGAUCCGUUCAACCUGGGUCAGACAUAUAUUUGCAAUAUGUACGUUCCGUGUUAUGCCUACAAUGAAAAUUUAUCAAAGAUAA